AUGGCUAUCGCUGGCGCCCAACGUAAGCAGGUGCUGAAGGUGGUGAUCUCCUUUACAUUUAUCCUGCCCCUAUUCCCUUCGCUUCUAUCGUUUUAUCGUGCGCAAGAUCCAUCCCCGGAUUCCCUUCUCAACCGUAUCUUCCACUACCUCAACGCCUACAAAAACUCCUUCGCGCGCCCCAUUGACUCGCGCUAUGACAUCGCACUCCUUGGUGGAGCUCUUGGCUCUUUGUUCUCCCUCCUUCAAGCCUUCGCUGCGCCCGUUAUAGGUCGCCUAUCUGACCACUAUGGCCGCCGUCGCGCUCUACUCAUUUCCAUGCUAGGCAAUCUCCUAAGCGUCGCGCUGUGGGUUUCAGCCAGAGACUUCCGCACGUUCCUCGCCAGUCGUAUUGUUGGUGGUCUCAGUGAAGCAAAUGUGCAAAUGGCCAACGCCAUCGUAGCGGAUAUCACAGACGAGAAACGCCGCGGCUCCUCCAUGGCACUGGUCGGGGCCUGUUUCAGCAUCGCGUUCACUUUUGGGCCGGCGCUAGGUGCAGCGCUAAGCAAUAUUGAUAUGGUUGCCGAGAACCCGUUCAUUGUCGCUGCGAUUGUGUCUUUCGCUCUGAUAUUUAUUGAGACUGUGUAUCUUUGGGCUUGUUUACCCGAGACACAUCCCCGCUUGACGACGCUUCAGAUGGAGGAUGAGGAUACCUCCGAGAAACAUGAUGCGUCGAGUAAGCAUGCAGAAAAGAAGAGCGGUGCUCCCAUUAAGCGCAGCUAUACAAACAGCCCGGCCCUCCUUAAUGCCCUCCACUUCCUCUUCCUACUGCCCUUCUCUGGCAUGGAGUUCUCCCUCCCCUUCUUGACUACAACUCUCUACGCAGGAUCAGCCACGACAGCCAGCCCUGCCGCACUGAACGGGCGUCUUUUAUCCCUGAUGGGCUUGAUCGCAUCCCUCCUCCAGGGUACGCUGGUACGCCGUCUCCCGCCACUGCUCACCCUCCGUGCCGGUGUUGUAGCCUGCACCAUCUCAUUCUUCUGUCUUGCUCACGUUUCUUCGCCCUCGGGUCUCUAUGCUGCCGGUGCUUUGCUGGCGGUGACGACCGCUACGGUCGUCACGUCAUUAAACAGCCUGGGUAGUUUCGAAGCGCAGGACGCAGACCGCGGCGCAGUUAUGGGUCGUUUACGAGGGUGGGGACAGGCUGGUAGGGCGGCUGGUCCUAUUUUGUUCUGCUCUCUAUUUUGGUGGGCUGGCCGUGAGGCUGCUUAUACGACAGGUGGAUUCGCCAUGUGUCUCGUUACAGUUGCGGUUUUUAGCUUGUUGAAGUCGCCUGCUGUUCACCAAAAGACCGAGUGA